GUGCCCCUUCUGCGCCGGAAGCGCUUCCACCGGGCCUUUGCGAAGCACCGUGAACUCAUCCGCGCAGCUGCUGAUGGUGCUGUCCGGGACAGCAAAGGCCAUGAGCCAGAGGUGUUCUGGAAGCUGGCCAGCUGGUUGGUGAUCAUGGAUGCCUGGUUCGAAAACCUGCCGCUGGUGGCCAGCCUGUCUGCGCUGCGUGAGUCACUGGUGACCCACAUAGCGCCGCUGACGGCUUGGCUGGUUCGGCCCCACCGCGGCCCCCUACUGGGUCGAGCCAUGCCGCCGCCAGAUCCUCCGGAUGCGGUUCUGAAGGACCAGGAGAAGGUGCUCCGAAGCUUCAGCUUUGCGCAGGAAGGCGAUGCCGAAGCACCGAAGCCGGUGAUAGAGGUGACGCCGCCACAGAGAGAGCCGAGACCGAAGGCGGUGACGACGGAAGCCGUCCCGUUCCUGGUAGGGCGCUGGCUGAAGGAGAACUCGACCUUGGACUACGAAGAGAUUUGUGCACACACAGUGGUGGAGACUGACAGAUCCAGCGAGGUUCGAAUGGAUGAGAUCUUUGGCGGGGACUCCGGCACCCUGGCGUACUCCAGCGAUGAGGAGGAUGUGGACAUGUGCCCUUCGCCGCGCACUCUCUGA